UCUCUGCAGAAAGAAAGGGAUUCCGCUCACCAAUCCAGGAAAGCGACGCCUCGCACUCGUCGUUCAGUGGCCUGGCAACGGAUUCAGCGGCGCACCAUGUAGUCAGCAGAUUUUUUUUAGGUUCCGCUGCUUGAGUAGACACCUCUAACUGGAACAACGAGCCGAGACAUCUUUACAAACGACCAACGACGGGUCGCUAGUUCCCGCGUACUUUUCUCUGGCAUAAUAGCGAUUUUUUCUGAUGUUGGCGUUUUCGAGGUCCCUCGCGUCAGUAGGACGUACCGUGGGACCUCUGGGGCCACCAGUUGAUUGGCGACAUGUACCGGGGGGCUUUCUAGCCUUCUCGCAACACCCAUCCACAAGAGGAGACACGAUUGAUGAAGUCGCGACUGACCAAGAACCGUUUUCAAUGCAAGCGACCCCUCUAACCAGUCGGAUCCAGCGCCUAGACUCAGGCAAGGCCCUUCUGAUUGAGUUCGCCAACGGCCAGAGGUUUUCUCUGCCAGCAGAGUUACUCCGAGUUAACAGCCCUUCGCCUAAAGGAGGAACCGGACGAGCUGGUGCUGCAGCUAAGGAAAGUUUCAUGCAGCAACUCUUUUGGGCCACCCCACCAUUCUUUUACUUCCUUGCCCCAAUCUCCCACCUCUCCACCCUCCCUUUUUCCCCUCCAUUUCUCCCUCUCGCUGUCUAUUUCUCUCUAGCUCGCGCCUCCUCUCCCCUCUCCACCUUCCCUUCUCUCUCUCGCCUCUCGAAAUUUCCCUGCCUACAUAUGGUCUUUAUCCCAGGUAGUGCUUCCACGCCUCCCUACAUUCUGUAUCUCCUCUCUUCCCCGUAUCCUCAUCGUUUUGCCUUCUCUUCAUGAGAGGGCCUAUGCACACGCAAUUCAUGUACCUAUAAUCAGUUUCUUGCUUGUUUGCAGAUUUUAGCUGGUCGCCGGUAUGUCCACGUUAUCAAAGUGGAGCCCAUAGGAAACUAUGCCAUCAGGCUUCAAUUUGAUGAUAUGCACUCGAGCGGCAUAUACACAUGGGCCAUGCUUCAUUCUCUGGGUAUGAGAAAGUAUUCUGUUGCCAAAGCAUACAUACAAGCAUUGCGUUCGAAAGGCCUUAGCAGGGACCCUAGGAAAUAGUAUUUGUUUGCGCUACCAUGUGAUGGGAAGGUGAAGCAUUAUGGUUUGGUGGAAGAGUUAACACUUAUCGUAUUUUUUACGUAUUGUAUUUGAAGAUUUUCACCCUGAUACG